AUGGAUCUGCACGAGAUCCAGGCGCAGGUGGCCGUCCUGCUGCGCGAGGCUUCGCAGACCUUCCAGAAGGUCCCCGGGUCCGCCGUGCUCAUCCGUUACGUCCAGGCCAGCUACCAGAACGACCCCAUCCGCUCCAUAUUCGAACUGUUCCUGCUCAUCUUCUUCAUUCGCUACCUGUUAAGCCCGUCCUACGCGACAAACGACUCCAACUACGUCAAGCUCAGCGAGGAUGAGAUCGAGGAGCUCGUCGAAGAGUGGCAGCCCGAGCCUCUGGUCGGCAAGCAGAAUACUACCGAAGAGUUGGAGAUGGAGAGGCUUCCUGUCAUAGUCGGGGCAACCGGUCCCAAGGUCAGACUGGCAAAUGGCCGAACUGUCACGAACCUGGCCUCAUACAACGUGUACAACUUCAAUGCCAACGAGCAGAUCAAGGAGAAAGCCAUCAAUACCCUUCGCACCUACGGUGUCGGCCCCUGCGGACCCCCGCAGUUUUACGGAACACAGGACGUGCACAUGAAGACCGAAUCCGACGUUGCCGCCUACCUAGGAACCGAGGCAUGCAUCUUGUAUGCUCAAGGCUUUUCGACCAGCUCCAGUGUCAUCCCUGCGUUCUGCAAGAGGGGCGACGUCAUUGUUACCGACCGCGCAACCAACUAUCCCGUCCGCAAGGGCAUCGAGCUGUCGAGGUGUACGAUCAAGUGGUAUAACCCGGGCGAUUGGGACGACCUGGAAACCGUCAUGAGACAGGUCGCCCAGGACCAGAAGAAGCAGAAGAAGCUAACGAGACGUUUCCUUGUGGCCGAGGGUCUUUCCGAGACCACGGGCGGCUCGAUUAACCUGCCACGCAUGAUUGAACUGAAAGAGAAGUACAAGUUCCGCAUUAUUCUCGAUGAGACCUGGUCUUUCGGUGUCCUGGGUCGAACAGGCCGCGGCGUCACCGAGGCGCAAAACGUCGACCCUGCUCAGGUCGACAUGAUUAUCGGUUCGCUGGCUGGCCCCUUGUGCGCUGGCGGUGGCUUCUGUGCAGGCGACAAGAACGUCGUGGCCCACCAGAGGAUCGCCUCGAUGGCGUAUACCUUCUCUGCGGCUUUGCCCGCCAUGCUCGCCGUCACAGCGAGCGAGACCCUCAACAUGCUGCAGACUAAUCCCGAAAUCCUUGCCUCUUCGCGGGAGAAUAUACGUGCGGCGCGGGCGCAACUGGACCCACGGAGCGACUGGGUCAUGUGCACGAGUGCUCCGGAAAACCCAAUUCUCAUGCUCGUCAUCAAGCCGAAUGUUGUCCAGUCGAGGCGAUUGUCCCUUGAGGACCAGGACCGAGUGCUGCAGGAAUGCGUUGAUGAGGCCCUCGCAAACGGUGUCAUGAUCACGCGGCUGAAGACCGCCCUAAUCAACAAGAGCGUUGGCGGCGGCCACACUCAGCCUGCUCUGAAAGUGUGCGUUACGAAUGGCCUCUCCAAGAAGGAGAUCGAGAAGGCAGCAAUAACCAUCAGGCAUGCAAUCACAAAGGUUAUGACGAGAAAGACCAGCAGCAAGCUGUCGUUGCCUGGCUCAUGA